ACUGCACUCGCAGAUGCAAAUGCGUAUAAUUAAAAGACUCGCGGUGUGAAAUGUAGUGAUGCUCCUCGUGCUUUAAUUCAACGGGUGUCGAUAAAAGCUGCACACACCGCUAAUAAACAGAUUCUGUUCAGCAUUUAUCUUUCCUUUGGCAUUCACCCUUUGAUUUCGUGUUGUUCAUUUUGGACGCUUUUUGUUCAUCAGGAUUCAUCUCACCCCUGGAUAUCAACCCAGCAUCACACAGGAUCAUCAGCACCACAAUGAAUGAAGGAGCCAGUGGGCGGCCCAGGGGGCAGCAGAAGCUCUGCUAUCUGGAUGUGGAUGAAGAGAAACGCACGAGUUCGUGUAGCAUGGACGUUAAAGAAAACCGCAACCUGGACAACUUCUCCUCCAAAGAAGUGCUGGUGGUGGGGCCUCACUUAGCUAAUGGAAACGCUCGGGGAUUGAGCAGGAAGCGCCCUCUGGAGGAGGGCAACAAAGCUCACGGGCAUUCCAAAUUCCGGCCCAAGAAGCGCAGGAAACCGCAAGGGCCAGUCUUGCCGAAAAAUGCUCUCAUGCAACUGAACGAAAUCAAACCGGGAGUGCAGUACAAACUUCUGUCUCAGACGGGGCCUGUACAUGCACCUAUGUUCAUUAUGACCAUUGAGGUUAAUGGACAGUUAUUUGAGGGCUCAGGCCCAACGAAGAAAAAAGCCAAAUUGGAUGCAGCCGAAAAAGCACUACGCUCUUUCGUUCAGUUUCCCAAUGCAUCCGAAGCUCACCUCGCGAUGGGCCGUACGUUGACCGUUAACACAGACUUCACCUCAGAUCAAGCAGAUUUCCCAGACAUGCUAUUUAAUGGAUUUGAGACACCCGCACCACCUGAAGACCCCUUCUACCUGAGUCUUGGCAGCAAUGGGUCUCUUUGCUCCCUAAAUGGAUUUCAUUUGCCUGUGGUGCUGAAAAACAACAACGUUGCUCCUCUCCAACUACCCCCUGCACUCACAACGCCCCCUACAGGCAGUGGCAAAAACGCUGUCAUGAUCCUAAAUGAGCUUCGGCCAGGUCUGAAGUAUGAGUUUGUGGCUGAGAGCGGUGAAAGCCAUGCCAAGAACUUUACAAUGGCAGUUACCGUAGAUAGUCAGAUGUUCCAAGGCUCUGGACGGAAUAAAAAGCUGGCGAAAGUGAGGGCGGCCCAAGCGGCUCUGUCAGGGCUUUUUAACAUGCAACUGGACCAGACACCGUCCCGUCAGCCAAUCCCCAGAGAGGGACUUCAGCUACACCUGCCUCAGGUCCUUGCGGAUGCUGUUUCUCGUUUAGUUGUGGAAAAGUUCAGUGAGCUGACGGAUAACUUCACGUCUCCACAUGCACGGCGGAAAGUCCUUGCGGGUGUUGUCAUGACAACUGGUACGGAUGUGAAGGAUGCUCAGGUAAUAUGCGUCACCACGGGAACCAAGUGUAUAAAUGGGGAGUACAUGAGUGAUCGAGGACUGGCCCUUAACGACUGCCACGCUGAGAUCAUCGCACGUCGCUCCCUCAUCAGAUACCUGUACAGUCAGCUGGAAUACUUCCUCAGCGACAGCACUGAGGAACAUGAGAAAUCCAUAUUCAGAUGGUGUAGUGAACAUGGCUACCGGCUAAAAGACGAUAUUCAGUUCCAUCUGUACAUCAGCACAUCGCCCUGUGGUGAUGCCCGGAUCUUUUCCCCUCACGAGGCUGGUGCCGAGGACCAGGGUGACCGACAUCCAAACCGCAAAGCCCGCGGACAACUGCGAACCAAGAUAGAGUCUGGAGAAGGGACAAUACCAGUUCGUACGAGUAACACCAUUCAGACCUGGGACGGAGUGUUGCAGGGAGAACGACUGCUAACCAUGUCGUGUAGUGACAAGAUUGCCAGAUGGAACAUGAUCGGAGUGCAGGGGUCUCUUCUGAGUCACUUUACAGAACCCAUCUAUUUCUCCAGUUUAAUUUUGGGAAGUCUGUACCACGCAGACCAUCUUUCCAGAGCCGUGUACCAGCGCAUUGCAGACAUGGAUGAUUUGCCCAAACCAUUUGCUCUCAACAGACCUCUUCUUAGUGGUAUUAGUAACACAGAAGCAAGGCAACCUGGGAAAGCUCCCAACUUCAGCGUCAACUGGACAGUCGGAGAUCAGGGUUUGGAGAUCAUUAAUGCCACCACAGGAAAAGAUGAUCUCGGAAGACCGUCUCACCUCUGUAAACACGCCCUUUAUAGUCGCUGGGUCGGUCUACAUGCCAAGCUCAGUGAAACUCUACGGAUCCAAGGAUCCUGCCAAGGCUCCUACCACGACGCAAAACAAGCAGCAGUGGAAUAUCACAAUGCCAAACAGACUCUCUUCAAAGCUUUCUACAAAGCGGGACUUGGAGCAUGGGUUGAAAAACCCAUCGAACAAGACCAGUUUUCCCUUACCUCUUAAGAUAAACCGAGAGAAAAGGAUUGUCGACAAGAGAUCUUUUGUACAUCUGCAUGGAAUGCAAGGUUUUAAUCCAAUCUCCAUAGUUGUUAUAUUUUUGCCUUUGUUAUUACUAAAAAUUGCAUGGUUUCUUUUAUCUGUUAAAAACAGGGUUGUGUUCACUCCAAAAAUGGCUUGGUUAAAAAAAAAAAAAACAGCUGAAAACUUGGUGCUAGGUAAAAGGUGGACAGUACCUUGCACUAAACCAAACCAGGUGACUUUCACGGUUCUGGCUUAAU